AUGCAUGGCAGGAAUGGUGAGCUGUGUGCUGUGUGCCAUGUGGCCGAUGCGGUGCACACAUGUAGCAACUGUGCUGCCAGAUGUGCAACGAAAGAGGAAAAGGCCACCGUUGCCUUCACGAUGAGUGUGACGACACACAAAUACGCCGGCCCUUAUGAAUUGUGGUGGCGUCAAUUUUCUCCCGAUGGAACCAUCCAUCCGCCUGCACGGAGAGGCGAUGCUGACCAGACGGGCAUCUGUCAGUUGCCGCCACCCUGUGAAGGGAGGAGGAUGACACAAAAUCUGGUGGGACAACUGCGCCGCAAGUUAAUGCUGAGCCGUCACGUCAGAACGAGGAUUAGCGACAGUGUGCGGCGGCUGACGGACCCAAGACCGUCGAUCGGAGUCCCGCAUCCAACACGGCGACCAACACGUCCGAGACGAGGCCUGAGUUUGCCAGCAAUCCGAACGAAAUGA